UUUUCCUGUUAGCUUGGCCAAGUUGUAUAAAAAUUUUUGUGUUUUAGUCAUGAAUGCUCUUUGCAAAUUUUUAAGUUUGGAUGUAAACGAGGAGAUGUCGCACCUAUUCAGAGCCUCAUGCAAACCCGACGAUGCGGAUGCCUCCCGCAGCUGCACGGAUUAUUCGAAAGAGCCCGUCCAACGGCUCAGCUAUACCAUUCGGCACAAGUAUCCCAAGCGCCUGGUCACCUACGAUGCGGAGGAGCGCUGCGAGCCACGCAAAAUACGCGUUUCGGAUCUGAAGGAGAGUCCCGAACCGAAGGGCAAGAAAUGUGAGGAACCGAAACCUAGAUCGACUGAGACCGAUGCCCCCAAGCUGGCAACCAAGGACUCCAACCUAUUCGACCUGCAAAAGAGGCCGACGAAGCGUAAUCUGAAGGUGAUGGAGCGCCGUGCCAAGACGCUCUACCAGCUCAGUGCUCAGCGCCGGCAGCGGAUGUGCGGGGAGGACUCAGCCGCUCCGCCCAGCUGGGAGAGUCUCAGCUCGGCUGAGCGGCUCAGCUUCUGCUGGAGGUCGCUGACCCACCACGAGCUGCGCCCCACGCCCUACGAGAACUUCAGGGCGUUGUUCAUCGCACGCCACCGGGACAACUGUCCGGAGUUCAAUGCGCGCAAGGUGGGCGCAAUGGCGCGACCCACCUGGCUGAGCAUGAAGAGUGAUCAGCGCGUACCCUUCAAUCUGCACGCCCUGCUCUACCACGUCAGCACCGGAGACCUGGAUCCCUUCGAUCACUGUGCGGUGCGCGUGCUCUUGAAUCGCUGGCGCUGACCCUGAAGACUGCUGGGCCUGUGCUCUAGCGGGCGCAUUAAGAUGUCUGUCAGGCACAUUUGAUUUCGAUUUUAAUUUCCCAGUUUUUUAUACAAAACAGAU